AUGCAAAAAUGGACGUCUUUGCAAGGUCUAGAAUCAAUUUCAACAGCCACAUGGUGUAUGUAUGCCAUAUGUAUUUGCCUGUUGUCAAUUAAACUGAGAUUGUAUUGUAGAAGGUUCCUGGUUGUCUUGUUAGCUUCCUCAUUGGCAGCUUAUGGCAAAGAUGGAGCUAGACAUCGUAUUAUACGGUGUUAUAGAGGCACUUAUGGUGUUCGUGCAACCGGUAUAGGUCGAAAUCGACAAUAUAAUAUGUUAUUGUCACGAUCCAUAGGUUCCUGUGGGCCUGGAAACGUGUUUUACCAUACCGCCUUCGCAUAUUGUAAAGGUUUAAUGUGUAGCAAGGCACGACAAUGUCAAAUUAAUAGACAUUCUGAGCCAUUGAAGGCUACUACAAGCGAAGAUGGAUCCGUUGAUACAGAUAACAAGGCACCAGCCGAUGCCAAACACCCGUUAUCUUCCAGGAAAGCUGGUAGAAAACGACGUGGUGGAAGUAAACUUAUUGACUGGAGACUUAUGCCAAAACCGUUUACGAUAGCAGAUGUAAUCAAGAAACGCCUAAUCCCACAGCCACCGUCACUAAAGGAGACCCAAAAGGUGCUGGAGAGGAAACCGUGGAAACGUAUGGGUAUCCCGAAUAUAAUAAAGCAGGAAAAGCAAAAAAUAGAGGAGACAGAUCUAUUCCUUGACAAUUACUUUUAUUCUUACCUGUUAGACAAAGGUACAAAUGCGAGGCUGCAUAGCGGGGUUAAAUCCAUCGACGAAUCUUUGUUCAAGAACAAGACGGUAGCGGAUGACCCCAAAGAUCCGAUGAAACAAGAACCACAGAUUAACAAAUACAAUGCCGAAGAGCUAUUACAAAUAUGGGACACUAAGGGUGGCCACUUUUAUACGAACAUACCCAAGACAGUGGCUAUGUUCCAGAUCAUCCGACGUAUAGCUAAGGAGUCACAUUGUGGUGAGGAUAUGCUUAAACGGUUUCGUGAUCAUGAAUGUUUCAAGCGACUUGUGGGUAGUGUAGUUCGACACAUGAAAUACGUCACACGUAUCGAGUUACCUAGACACCUUAAAGAUUAUAAGAAGCUGUUGGAUAUGGUUCCACGAUUUAGUAGAGAACAAUUGGUUACCAUUUUUUCAGUGCUGUCAUAUUUCGGGUACAAGCACGAAAAUGUUCUCAAAGCAAUGCUACAGUAUGCCAAACGCUACGAAGAUUUCACAACAGAUGAAAUGUCGGCAAUUAUAAUGGCUUCAAUAAAAAUGGGCGCAGACCCAUCGCAGAUGGUGGGUGAUUACAUAACCAAGUUGAAAUCGGAAAUCAAGAAGGCAGAAAGUAAGGUGGAUGGCGAAGAUCAUUUGAAAUACUAUCUUGAUGUUCUACGAAUAUGUAACAAGACAGAUCAUAUGGAUAAUGAGCUAUUUAAACAUAUAGCCGAAUAUUUCAAGAAACAGGAAAGUAUACCUUUGGGGAAGGUAGUCAACGCCAUAUGGCUGUUCACGGGGGUCCAGCAUAUGGAUGAGCCCCUUUAUAAGCACCUAUAUGGCUUGUUAGCGCAAAAUAUAGGUCUUAUAAAAGGUAAAGAGAUGGUUAUAAGGCUUGUAACAUGCCUUGCUAAUUGCCACUUCAAACCACCAAAGAACCUUGUGGACCACCUAUCUUCGUUUAUACUUGAUGAUAUUAAAUCUUACAGUCUCGUUGAGCUAACGGCAGCGCUACGGAACCUUGCAAUUAUGGAUUGUUACAUGGAUGAUCUAUAUCGUAAAGUCUUUAGUUUGGACCUUUUUAUGAACCCACCGUCGGUAAAAGUGUUGCAACAAAUCAACCUUCAGCUGAACCAGAAGAAAUCUGCCUAUGCUGCAUAUCUCCAACCUACGGUCUCAAGCACGCUUAACGUAGUGUUUGGUAAUACCUACCAUGCGUAUCUUGGCUACCAACUGUUGUCUGGUAACCUUAACAAGUUUGAGCUACCUAAAGAUGCCGUGGUCAAACUAAAGGAUAUUUACACUUCAGGUGUUAAACAUUGGACUUUCAAUUCAUCUGCAUUCCAUAUACAAGUCAAGGAUAUCCUGAACGAGGCAUUCGGUAUAGAGUGUGAAGUGGAGCACGUGACUAAUGACGGCCUUGUUGUGGAUAUAGCUAUCCUUCCAUCAAGUCUCGCUAAGUACACGGAAAAGAUCGGUGCUAAAGAUUUCUUAAAGGACAAACGAUGUGCUAUCGAGGUACAUGGACCAUACCACUACCUGCAGAAAUCUACCGAUGUAUUCCCACCGCCAUUAAACAACAGUACACUGUACAAGGAACGAUUAUUAAAUGCCCGUGGUUGGGACGUUGUCCGGCUCCACUAUUGGUCUCUUGUUCCAUGGAUGAAGCAUGAUCAGAAGAUCAAGGUGUUAGAGAGUUUACUGCCCCAAUGGGUGAAGAACGCGUGCAAUAUCCCAGAAAACGACAGACCAAAGACUCAAAUAGCUCCUUCGUAG